GUUGGUCGCUUUGGUCGUCCUUGUCUGACGUGCACUUCGUGCCAUCCGCUGCUAUGUUUUCCAUGUUACCUUGCGGAGUACUAUCCGCUUGGUCUAUAAGUCACCACAAAAUUUUCCUCGUCGAUGCGCUUUAAAGGAUUUCUUAAUUUUUACCUGGGGCGAUCGCCUUCCUUGUUUAUGCCGCUGCAUCCCUUUCAUCGGCAUCAUGCUGCUUGUUAGAAUACCUCAAAUACGGCUUCAAUUUUAUUUACGCACUAUUGAUGCUCUCAUUCCUACAAACUUAUAGUCAACGAAUACUCAGCGAGAUUGGCACCAGGUGGACUGUUUUGUUUCUCUCUAUCACGCCGGAUGACCUCAAAUCUACUCUUCAAUCUUCACCGUGUAUCCUUUUACGCUGCACUAUAUGUCCGCCCCUUUGAGAUGUGGCAGUAACGUCGUGCACGAGCCUUUAAAUCGCUCUCCGAUUUCGAUGCUGUCGCAUUCUGUAAGUCGGGGAUCCUCGUUGUCUCAUUCGGAUCCCGACAAAGUGGAUGGUCGUACAAACAAUCGGGGAACCUCUGCUUCACUGUCCACCUUUCAUGCGACCACCGCCACCGACACCAGCAGCGAAACCAGCGAAGGUGCUUGUCACGUACUUUACACUACGUCACCUGCUGUCUCUGGCUACUCAAACACCGUUGUGAAUCAGUACCUUAGCGAUUUGGGUCACAUUUGUGGGCCUGCCGUGUUACGCGAUUCGACCCUUCAAUCAGGCAAACCCAUGUCUGAGAUAUCCUGUCUCCCAUCCACCUUUCACAUUAAGCAAGAAUCUGACACUUGUUCUCCACCCGUCCGAAGUCACUCUGUACAUUCACUCCCGAGCGCGUUGGCUCCGCCUUUUUCCCUUCUCAAUCCGACUGCAUUGUGCGGCUCAGGGCGUUUCUCUGUUGCAAAAUGUGAAGCGUUUGAGGAUGUCAAGUUGCUUUCACGAAGUCAGCUCGUCUCUCCUGCGGAUAAUCUGGAGCAGAUCAGGUACGGAAUCCUCAGUUCCGCCUCUCAUUUGACACCUCGACAAUCCGGUUACAGCGUUUGCUCCCCAUCGCCAUCGGAACCGAAUCGCUCCAUGCUUUUUUCGGGUCCUCUACGCUCCUCUGACAGUUCACAAUUGUCCGUCUUCACCACUCACGGCGCUACCCUUUCCCCGCUCUCUAUCACAUCUCAGGUUAUUCCCGGUACGACCCAUCACCAACCGGUGACCAUGUCGUCGGCGAACUUCAACUCAGGCACCCUCUCUCACGGACACAUGAGCACCUUCGAAACCAGUGAUGAACCUCCGCACCAUUUUGCUAGCAUCCCUAAUUUUUCUUUACUAUCCCCGUCCAUCUCCUCACUGGAUUCGUCUAACAAGCGAUUGCAUUCUAAUGGAAACGGUGUUUGUACCACCUUUGUCCCGUGCGAUUUGUCCGCGACCCCUCUACCCUUGGGUCUGAGUCCUCGGUCCUCUAAGGCGCGUCGUUAUUCCUAUCCUUACGAACCGAUUGGUGCCACGUCCUCCAGGCUAUACACAAAAGAAUAUCACAUGCAGUCGUUAACGGAUCGCACAAGCAACGAGAAUACUCCAUCUCCUAAUAUGUUCCGGACCGUAGUUGGUAACGUGCCCUCACCCACUCCUCCGGCCGCAGGCACCACAUUACCAAUGCUGAGUUUGAAUGGUGAUACACGCGCUUUGUGCAACACCAUAUCCUCGGGUUCCAAUGAAAAUCAACCGCAUUCCAUAGGAUCCACCAGCAGUCUCGUUGAUCAGAAGGGAUUUACCACGGAUGGGGAAGUCUCCUUGCCUGGAUUCAGCAGUCCCGAGUCCGCAUUCUACCAAUAUCAGAAUCGCAUGGAGGGUCAGCGGUGUCAGGUAUGUGGUGAAUUGGCUGCUGGAUUUCACCACGGCGCGUACGUCUGUGAGGCAUGUAAGAAAUUUUUCAUGCGUCAUUCGCUAACGGACACAAAACCGACCAAUGUUUGUCCCACCGGCGGCAAUUGCGUGGUCGCCAAGGGGAGCCGUGGCAAGUGUCAAAUCUGUCGCUAUCGCAAAUGUCUCUACGUGGGCAUGAAGAUGAAAGAUCCGGAGACCCAACCAGACAUCGAUAUCUCAAAUAUCCCCUGUCGAGUUUGCGGUGGUCGUUCAUCCGGAUUCCAUUUCGGUGCUUUGACAUGCGAAGGUUGCAAGGGAUUUUUCCGACGUACUGAAGGCUCAGCUGGCUCCCUCGUCUGCGUAGGUGGUCAAAAUACAUGCACUAUCACACCACGCAGCAGAAACGCCUGCAAAAGUUGUCGAUUUCGGCGCUGUCUCUCAGCAGGAAUGUCUAAAAAAGGAAGCCGCAUUGGUAGGCAGCCGAACGCAGUGAAAUUUCAUUGUGCGAUUGAAAUCAAACAGUUGCGUUCGCUGCGUGGCAGCUAUUCCAGCCAAACUGACACGUUUCCCGCCUCCUCCAACCCAUAUGGUCCACCGUACGGGGUCGAUACGGCUUCGCUGCACAACCGGAGCGAUGUAGAGAGCCCGAAAUACAGUCCGGACACAUUGACACCCACAUACUCCACCAAACGCACAGGCGACUCCAGUGUCUGGCUUGGUGAUCAGAAGCCACCGUUGUCACUGCUGCUCCUGUUCCCUCGAGCCUCCGAACCGAUCGAUGUGAUGUCCACUUGCACCGGCUACACCGACGACACCAGCACGCACCGCGUGGUGAGCUACUCCCCGAGCUUCACGCGAUCCGCCACCACUUCGAACCGUGCAGACCUCCCUGCUGCCGCCAGAUCGGUGUCCGAGACCAGUGGAACCGACUCUUUCCCACGUCCUUCAAGACUUACACUAUCUCAGGACAGACAAAAGUUGCUCGAGCACGAUCCACAGUCUCUCCUAUCCGAUGAUGACGAUGACGAGACUGCGGACAUCGACCCUCAGGAACCAGUUUCAUCUGCACAUCCGCCAAUUGACCGAAUCCCUCUAAGACAUUCAUCUGGGUGCAGUGGACGUGUCCCCGUCUCCAUGAGUAGCUCGUCCCAGUUGAGUCCGUUCGGAUUUCAAAGUGAACCUUCAAAUUCUACUACAGCAGUGAACAGCAAAACAGACGCGAGCGUGUCCCCGACGGAUCGUGACCAAGUCACUCUGACCACUGCACUGAUUGCCAGCCUGGCCAAACGGCUGGCGGACGAAGAGGAGGCUGGGUUGUUAUCGGAAAAUGAUGAUUUGGCCACCUCAUGUCCGCCGUCACAUGAGGCUAUUUUACGUUUCACCGACGGAAUGCGUACUGCAACAGAAUUUUUGCGAUUACCGAACACGUACUUCAAAACGCGGUUUCGCAUGACCUCCAUCCCACCGGACCAUCAGAGCAACGCAGUGCAAGUGUGGAGUCAUAUGAUGAACCAUUUUCACAUGCACGCGCAACAAAUUGUGCAAUUUGCCAAGCUUGUCCCAGGCUUCAAUCAACUGGGCAUCACAGCCCGCAGCAGCUUGGUCCGUGGCGCAAUGUAUCCCGUGGUGCUGUUGCUCUUGAGUCGCGACUACCAACCAGACACAGACGAGUACAAUUAUUUUGAUUUUCCGCCCGAGGAACGUGCCAUGAUCAUGCACCACUUCCCCACGUUCAUCCGCUUCACCGAACAUCUUCGAAUGACUGGUCGACUGCUCUAUCAUCUGGGUCUCAGUUUGCAGGAGUUAUCUUUGUGCUCGGCUGUAGAAAUUCUGCGCAAUUACCACUCCCUCGAAGAUCCAGUCCGAUUGAGUACGAAAGAGCUCUUCAUUUUAGCUCAUCACAGCCUACGCAAUUGCAUGCUCAGGCGUUCCGAUGGUUCCGCUGAGUUGGACGAACGUCACCGAUGGGCUCAGCUAGUCGCUUUGAACAAAAUGAUCCAGGCGAUGAACAAAGAACAUCACGAAAUCUUGUCCGCUCUAAAAGAAGUUCGACCGGACUUGCAUUUUCCUGAACUCUACAUCGAGAUGUUCCAAUUGGCCGACAGCGCAUCGGCUCUGUUCUCUGCCUCGGCCAAGGCAGUAACCUUGGCCUGCUCCAGCGCCUUUCAAUCAUUAGCCCCAUUGAAAUUAUCACUGUGUCAGCAACAACCACCACUACAAGAUUCCACUGCGUCUGCUGGUGCUGCUACGACUACUGUUGCUGCAACUCCUGCUGUUGGAUUACAAUCUACGGAUCCAAACACUUCAACCGAAGCUACCGAUUUGACCCAAUCCAACUUCCUGCCUACCGGGGAUCGUUGGGAUGCUAGUCGGUUUGCGUUGGCAGUCCCUGCUGCCGUUGCCGCAGUGGCUGCGGUGGCCGCCGCAGCCGAGGCUAGCUAUCCGCCGACACAUCUGGUAGGUGGGACGACCACGUUAUCUCGAUCAGACGGAACCGGUGCACGUUCGCCGCCGUACUUUGUCACACCUUCCUCAAUUUUCUUCCCAUCUCAGCCCCCACCACCGUGACACUAUGCCACCCCUGUGAUUGGAAGAGAUCCUGUGCAUCUCGACGGUUGCGCGCUGCUUUCCCCCCCCCCCCCCGCUGAUGUCAGCAUUACUUUUUUGUAUAUCUGCGCCCCAUCUCAUUGUGUUUGCAUCUCAGGCUUUUGUGCACUCAUAAAGCGCCAUGAUUGUUCCUUAUUGUUUAUAUUACUUAAACUCUUUCCUUCUUUUUGAUUGGAUAAUUCCCGUUUCCGCGACUUCUUGCCCUUUUCACAGAUAUUCUUAUCUAUGUUAAUACACCGCAUGCGCAUCUGUAUACGUCGAUAUAUCCGCAUUGUUCGGGAUACUGCUUUUAUUAUUCGCAACCUCAGGACAGCGGAGACUUGAAGACUCUUCAUUGCGACCUCCGCUUUUGUUUGUUUGUUUUUCUUUUUUCUGCCCUGAUUUUAGGUACUGUUUUAUUCAGACAAUUUUUCCACGCCCUUGGCGAGCCGUGUAUUGGGCUCCAGUGAACUACAAUGUCUUAUGUCGCAUUAUUAUGUGAAUAUUUUCCGAAUCAGAUGCAUUUUCGGUUGUUCACAAAUGCCAUCUAUCCUUCACAUGCACACACACAUUCUCUUUCGUCUGUCCCCUGUGAUUGACAACUGUACGCUCGUUUUCCCGUCCUUGCUCCCUUACACCAUGUUCAUUGGUUCGUAUUCGAUGUUUAAAUGGCGCCCCCCAUCCCUUCCAUUUUUAGAAUCCCGGUCCAAUGUGCGGUUUCGCAUUGGUGGUACAACCGCACCGGCACAUAUUAUCUCCAUCUUUUCCAUUCUGCUGAAUUUUGUGGCUCCCUGGAGUCCCUCACUUGUCAAAUCAGUCCAGCUCUCAACCCCGGUUUCCGUUUCCAUCCCUUCCGCAUUCUUUUGUGGAUGCAUCACGACCAGAUGCCAAUUGCACGUUGUAGCUUCUCCCUCUUUCCGGUGGAGAGUUUACUCAGGUCAUUUGAGCACACACCUUUUAUUCGGAAGAAUUUUUCUCUCUGCUUUGUUACCCUGUGUUCAUUUUUCACACGCAUCGCUACUGCCCUGUUCACGAUACAUACUGCCGAAGUCGCCUCCGUUUGAGGCGCUUACACCAGGAAACUUUAUCGCCAUCGACAGCACUCUGGCUACCUCAGUCGACCGUCGUGCGGUCUUUGACCACAUUGCCAUCCCCCCUCCAUUCACUGUGGAUGAAGAGGUGCUUUUUUCUCCUUCACUCAGUCAUGAUGCAUUCUUACCAUUCUUUUUAACUGUGGGUUAUUCACACAAAGCGCCUUCCUCUGUUUUCUCUCCCUUGGUUUCCUACGACCUCGCUGUGUCGGCAACAAUGUUACCAUUCAGCCACUUUUUUGCCUUUGAUUUUAUCCUUGUCUUUUACCGGAAAGAAAUUUGACUGUCGCCUCUGUUGUUUACUUACCUUACCACCACUUCUCAAUUGCUCAUCGUUACCAUCCAAUAAGACAGCGCCACUCUCUUAUUAUUUUCCUUUCCCUUAACCUAGACAACAUGUAAGUUUGGCUUCUACGGUUGUAUUUUGAGCCGUUGCGCAUCCCCCCGCACAUCUAUCGCCACAGUGUCACCACACUCUCUAGCGAGGUGGUCCGCGUUAUUGUCGUCAUUACUAAUGUCACGCCACCAAUCCGACCAUCAUCAUCAUCAUCUCGUUAUUCGCGUUGCGCCUGUUCGGUCGCAAGAUGCGUUGGUUGGUGUGCUCUUCCGCUUCCCCCUUUAUCCUCUUCACUUUUGUAUGCCACUUUUUUUUGUAGUCGCCCCUCAAUGAAGCGCCACGAUCAUCAGCAACCCUCUCCUCAGGUAUCUUGCUCGAUGCGUUCACGAGUUAUUCAUUUUUCUAUCGAAGUGUUUUGGGCAUCUCAUGUGUAUUGUACGCUUUUUCUCUUUUUCCUGGUUCAUGUCUUUAAAAUCAUGACGUUUCCGAUCUACAUGUGACGGAAUGAUUUU